UCGUCCAGUAUCUUGCCAGGCGUUUCAGCAGAGAUGAAUCAGUAUCGAGUACGCUGCUGGAACGAGCCAUUACUUGGCGCCUCCGUGUGCCUUCAAGGAGUAGGCUGUGGAAAGCCGGGCUUCUGGCAAUCCUCGCACCAGUGCCCACACCAACGCUGGCGUUGAUGGCUACAUAAAAGAAAAUACUUUCCCCCACAUUGAGCGACUCAUCAACCCUUCACACUCCCUCACAUUCGUAUCGUCUUUCCUUUAUCAGCGCCGCUACCACCGUCUUGCAUUUCCUUUCAUUCAUUUUCGCGACUGAUUGUUUCAAGUCGUUUCUUUGUUUUAGCAUGUUGUCGUUGGCUAUGAUUUCUUCCAUUUUCUUCCUUUCCGCUCUUAUCUCAACAGCCUGGAGCUGUCCGAAGCAUGAUAAUUACCACUCACGUCCACAUCUUGGCCGAAGACAAGUGCGAGUCGACAAGGGCCGGGUCCCAAAGGACUGGAACUACGCUCUUUCUGCAGACUGGGCAACUAUCAGACCUGAGUACUCCCUAUGCCAAUCUGGCACACAUCAAUCGCCUAUCAACAUUGCUGAAACAGAACUAUCUCAACAUCACAAACCUGCCUUUGACGGGUACCUAGAGAACGUUACUAUUCCAGGCAACUUCUUCAACUGGGAGUUCGCACCGGCUUGGACACCUCAUCACCCGGAGGGAGAGGUCACCGGACUCCCCAGCAUGAAAUUUGACGACCAGGAGGUCUUCAUGAUUGGAUGGCACAUCCACGCCCCAUCCGAGCACCUUGUCGCCGGCAAGCGGAGCCGCGCGGAAAUCCACCUUGUUCAUGUCACCGAGGAGGAGCACGAAGCCGCCGUUGUUGGCAUUCGAGUGGCCGUGGGUGACAAGGAAUCCGCAUUUAUCAGGCAACUGGGCCCAAUGAUCCAUUACAAUGACACAGCGCAGCUCGAAGGCUUGCCCGUCAAUACGCGCCUUGCCAUCGACGAGGUUGGCGGCGUCGAGGAAUUCUGGACCUACAAGGGUAGCCUGACGACGCCGCCAUGCAGCGAGGGGCUGCGGUGGUUUCUACCCAAGCAAGAGAUGAUUGUCAGUGAGCAGCAGAUGGUCGAGAUCUUGGCUGCUAGUCGGUUCUCCCAUCGAGUCGAGCAACAAGUUUGGCUUCACGACGUCAACCUGUGAGUGCGAACAUGGUGUGAUGUGUAUAGGUACCUAGAUGCUGGGCAAAGGUGUGCGACCCGGCUUGCUUGGGGAUAGAAUUGUUGGAAGGUUUUGCGUUGAUAGCACAGCGACCGCGUAGAGUUUCGCUCAUUGUCUCUAUUCGGUUUUGGCGCUUGGGGAUAUAAAUUCUAUCGGGUUCUCCUACAGUCAUUACCGCAGAUUGAUGCACUUUGGAUAGGAUUCCAAAACCACUAUGGUCUCAAUAUGGGAGACUGCUAUACUUGCCUGCCCGUUGCUCCGGAGCCUUACAAUCAUCUGACCUUUAU